AUGCCAAAUCACUUAUUCAGAACACACCCAAGAACUUAUGGAAAAGAUUCCAGAGAGUGCAGAGUAUGUGCUGCUAGAUAAGGUUUGAUCAGAAAAUAUGGUAUGAAUGUCUGCAGAAGAUGUUUUAGAGAAAAUUAUGAAUUGAUUGGUUUCCAUAAGUACAAUUGAUCAGCUUUUUGAAAUAUUAAUAAAAAAUAUGCACAUUUAUAUACUAUUCCAAUA